CCAGCUAGGGAGAUGCUCAACAAGGACAGCAUGAGAAAUUGCAGUAACGUACGUAUUGCGUCUGCGCAAUUUGAACGUGCAACCCGUUUUCCAGUCGAGAUGACGGUGACAGGGAAACGACAUAAUAGGCUCACCGUCGCAUAAAAUAAAAGAACCUGGUCAAAGCAUAACGAAUGUCGUUUAACGAUCCUCGUAUUUUCGCUCCGUUAUCGGCGUGUUGGUGUUUCCGUCACUUUUUGGUGUAUUUCGGGCAAAAUUCAGCAUUUCUGUCUACCUGUGCGUAAGGCGUGCCCCAGGACACUCGCCUGGAAAUGUGAAUUUCUUGUGCAAAUGGUUACCGUUCGCUGCUUAGCAGAAGUAAAGCUAAAUGCGUGCCGCGUCUGGGUGAAAUGGGCUUCGGCCUUACCCUUGAGUAAAAGCAAAAAAACGCUACACACCAAUUUGGUACCAGUAUAAACCUUCUCCUGGAAGACAGCUAAACUUAUAAUAUACUUCAUAAAAGUGUACGAUAACAUAAAAGUGAUAGGAUAUUUUCCCAAAAAAAGGCGUAUGGGCUAGAUUUUCCCCUGCUUCAUUCGCAUGUUGAGGUCAAGAGGCUAUGUAUUAUGCUUCGCGUGUUUGUAGGGACUGAACUUAGCGAGCAAUAGGUAUACAUGCAUUGUGUUUCGUGUACGGUAUAAUUGAUGGUUGUUCGAUGCAAAUCUUUGCUUCGCUUUUCUACGAACUUGACUAUGUAUUAUUAACUGUGAUCGGGAUAUAAAAUUUUCAGUGACUUACUGGUUAGUGUGAAGUAUCGGUAUUCAGCCCUUAUCAAAAGCGCUUUUUAACUUCGUUAAACAAUAGACCUUUUGGAUUCUGUUGUGAAUAGGAUAUACAUUGACCAGCGAACCAUAACAUCUAAUGAAGGAUGGAAAUCGUACCAGAAGGAAACAAUUUCGUUAUCGUUAAAGAAAGCGAACUACCAGCAAUGAUGGAAGAGCUGGAAAAAUAUUUUCCUCAUUCUUUAAAAUUCCAUCAAACUAUUAAAACGUACCUGACUGAUAGAGUAUGGCGAUUUCAAUUUUAUAGAGCAAAGACUUGGCCGCAAGAUCCUGUUUGUUUGCAUUUUCCCGGCUGCACAUACACGCCGGACAACAGAACGAACGAAAGUGUAGGUAUUUUUUGUCCGCCAGACAAACUAGAGCGAAUGGAUCUGAUUAAGGAGGAAGACAUUCUGUUUGAAUGGCAUAGUCCACUGUACAUGAACUUUACCCAUGUAGGCAUCAUGUUCAAGAUGGAAGAGAUAUACCGAGAUAAAGUGAAUGGAAAAUUGGAUGGGCAUAUCUACGGUGACAUUUACGUACACGAAUGUCCAGCUGAAUUAGAUUUAACAUUGGAACCGUUAGCAGCGAAUGAAGUGAUCAUGAAACCACUAUGUAUCGAUGAUGUCAAGGAUAUCCACGAUUUGUACCCAGCAGGUGAUAUCGAAAGUCUUGAGCUAUUUGAAAAGUUAGUCCGCCAGCUUCCAGGCUUUGGUGUGUUCAAUCAAUCGGACAAUGAGCUAGCAGCAUGGAGUUUGCAGUCCUACUACGGUGGAAUGUUUUCUAUGCAAACAAAACCGAAAUUCCGAAGAAAAGGAUACGGUAUUCAACUUGCACAAUCGCUGACAAAGCUGGUAAUCCAACGGGGAUACAUACCGUUUGUUGUCAUAAGGCCCGAAAAUGAUGCUUCCCGUGGACUUUACAUGAAACUGGGAUUUCGAAAGGCUUUCGAGAGUGUACGCGGCACAUUUGUGCCAUUUGCUGGAGAAAAUCAUUCUCAAAUUGGUUUACCAACUGACGUACAAAGUGAAAUAUCAACUGAUGAUAUAUCUCGAAACCAACAUUGCACAAUGGAACCGUCUGUGGAAGUAACAAACGGUAUCGCCGCGGACAAGGAAAAUAAUAUAUGCUGAAUUUUAUUGAACGUUAUCAAAACACGAAAAAGGCACGUGCAGAUUAUAUUGAUAAAAUGAUCUUCGAAAACGUUUUAAAGUAAAAAUAAAAACCAGGUUCAAUAUUUAUUAUAAUAUCGAAAACAUCCUGCAGCACACAAGGAUUAACCGCUAAUGCAACUAAAGCUAAAGCAGCAUUAGCAGAUGCAGCAACAGCAGCGGCGGCAGCCUCAACAAAAGCAGCGGCGGCGGCAGCAGCAGCAAAAGCAGUAGCAGCAGCAGCAGCAGCAGCGACAACAGCAGCCACAGCAGCAACAACAGCAGCGGCAAUAGCAGUAGCAGUAAGAACAGCAGUUAACGCAGCAAUAACAGCCGCAAACACACAGCAACAGCAGCAGUAAAAGUAAUACUAAUAUUGUGUUUCUGCUGCUGAUUUGCUGCCAUAUAGCCGCACCCGCAACAGCCUAUGCAGUCACAAAUAAUAGAUAGUUUUCUUAUAUAAAUUUCGAACCAAUAUAUAACUUUGCUUUACCUUAAAAA